AUGUCGGAGGAACGUACCUAUAUUAUGGUUAAGCCCGAUGGCGUUGAACGUGGUUUAGUUGGAGAGAUUAUCAAACGUUUUGAAAGCAAGGGAUAUAAACUUGUUGCCCUUCAACUUCUUCCGACAUCCAGAGAACUUUUGAACGAACACUAUUGCGACCUCAAAGACAAACCAUUCUUUCCCAAACUUAUAAAUUAUAUGUUGUCUGGACCGGUAGUCGGUAUGGUAUGGGAAGGAAAAGACAUUGUUAAAACUGGUCGCCGUCUCUUGGGCGAAACAGAUCCUUUGAAAUCCGCACCUGGUACUAUUCGCGGUGAUUUUUGUAUUGAUG